UAAAGCGACAUUUUUAAACGUUCGAAACUUUAAAUACUUAUUGUUAACAAUUAUAGGUAAAGCAACUCUUUGAUAAAAUCCGACGUGAUUGGAACUCAAUAAAAAACAUAGAUGAAUUGAAUAUAAUACGAAAAUAUGCAUACAAAGCAAGAUUCUAUACGAUUUUCUCUGGCUUGAUCGUUUACCCGGGAACAUUCGCCUUUAUUUUAACGAUGUUUAUACCUGAUGUUCUCGAUAUUAUAGCACCGUUAGACGAACCUCGUCCGCGAAAAUUGCCGGCUCAAAUAGAAUGCUUUGUCGAUGAAGAGAAAUAUUUUUAUUUGAUCUCGUUCGUAUUUACAAUAUGCGCUUUUUUGGGUAUGACGGUACUCAUGGCGACGGAAACAAUGUAUAUGAUAUUUAUACAGCACGCUUGCGGACUAUUUGAACUUAUCAGCUAUCGCUUGACAGAUGCGUUUAAUACAAGUUCGUCAAGAACAUCAGUACCCUUUAAAAGCAAUUUUUACAUAAAAUUAUUAAGUGCUCUUAGCAUUCAUCAACAUUGUUUAGAAUUUCUCGAAGAUAUUCAACAUAAAUUUGCAACAUCCUAUUUUGUUCUAUGCGGGUUUGGUGUGGCAUCGUUGAGCAUUAAUAUGUUUCGCCUUUUUCUAGCAAUGUCUAUGCAUGAUAUGUCCGAAAUUAUUUUGACCGGUUUAUUUGUAUACGCUCACUUUUGUUAUAUAUUUUGGAUGAACUAUUUUGGGCAGGAUAUAAUUAAUCACAGUGAAUGGUUUUUUCAACAAAUAUGCAACACUCAGUGGUAUAUAGCGCCGCUACAUAUUCAAAAAUUAUUACUUAUUACAUUACAACGCAGCAUGAAGAAUAGCAGUCUUGUUAUUGGCAGUUUAUUUGUUCCGUCAUUAGAAGGUUUCGCCACGCUCUCCAGCAUGUCAAUGUCUUAUUGCAUGGUCUUAUAUUCAGUUCGUAUAUAAUUAUACAAUACAUUUACAUUUAUACGAUAAAUGUA